CCAAAACAAUAACAUAGCAGUUGAACCGACUUGAUAACAAAAUACAUUACUGUAUAAGUUAUUGUAUAAAUAUUAUAAAAUGUCAAUACCUGAUAUAGCCGCACAAAUGGUGAAAAAUAAUACUUCUAAAUCAAGCGAGGAUAAUGCGCGUACUAUUAUUUUGGUAGGAAGUAAAUCUGUGGGAAAAACCAUUUUGUUGCACAGCUUCCUUGACAAAACUGAAACACCGAAAGAAACAUUAGUAUUAGAGUAUUCGUUUGGUAGAAAAUCUUCUCAGAAGCAAAGUAUCGACAAAACUAUUUGUCACGUAUGGGAAUAUGGCGGGAAAUUGGAAAUGUUAAAAAAUGUUUUGACAUCAAUUCCAAUAGAUGGAAAAUUCUUUUAUUUCGUUAUGGUAGAUUUAAGUAAAAUUAAAGCAAUAUGGAAUACGUUGGAAACAUGCAUAAUAGCCGUCAAAGAAAAAUGUAAUGACUCGCCGGAUAAUCUCGAGUUGAUAAUUAUUGGAGGAAAAUACGACAUAUUUAAAAAUUAUGAUAGUGAAAUAAAAAAAAUCAUUUGUACAACCAUGAGAAGUGUAGCGUUGAUUCACAAUGCUAACUUAUUGUUUUAUUCUUUAAAAGAAUCUAAUUUAGUAAGAAAAGCCAAAGAUAUGUUCUAUACCAUUGGAUUCGGUAAUAAUGUACCUCUUAAAGAAAAGAACACAAACUAUAUGAAGCCUUUAAUAAUACCCAAAGGGUCAGAUUCAUGGGAGAGUAUCGGUGUUCCAGAAUCUACCUUAGAUCACGUGAAAGCACGACAUUUAUCUCGUAUUACUUCAGAAACAGAAAUAAAACAAGAAGUGAAAUCAAUCCAGCGUAGUCACCCUGAACCUAUAUUGGAUUCCUUAGUAGCCCUUAAAUACGAAGAAUUAAGAAACAUGGAAUCGUUUGAUCCCUCCAUCGAUGAUUACUUAAUUUUAUUACGUUAA